UGAACGAACAGGUUAUAGAGCAAACAACACAAUUAUCACAACACAUAGGUUGUAAUAUGGCUUUUUUUGUUGGGGGGGGGGGACUCCAGUGAUUUUACCUACGCACCGCUACUACAAAUUAAGAAACAUAUCCUAUAGGUAUCUACUAUAUCGAAAUGUUGAAAUAAUUUCUAGAAAUUUCGAUUUAGUAUCUCAACAUUUUGACUUCCUGGCAACCUGGUGUAGAGCGCUGCGCGCGUUGUAAAGUACAACUGCACCGUUUUUAUCGUUGAGGUGCACGUUCACGCUGAUGGUGGUGCCACGUUGGUCGGACAGUUGUGUCGGUUGAAAUCGAUACGAACAAACCCGUAUCACCUUGAUUACAGUCUUCGGGGUGUAAGGAGGAUGCAGGGCGGCAACAGAGAACCAGCCGCAGGGCCCGAGGCUUCCCAAUCCGAGGGCGGCCCCAGCCCCAGUGAAGAUGACAUGGCAGAGGGGGAUCUGGGGGACGGGAUGGGCAACAGACCAGACUCUACUAUCAGAAAGAAGCUCCAGAGCCGUAGAGGUAGCAGGGGGCAUGCUGAGGAGCUGCUGCCCAGGACGGGGCUCCUGAAAAGGGGCAGCGAGGGAGGAGAGGCAGCCUUCAUCUGGACGUCCUGCAGUGGGCUGUACACGGUGUUCAGACAGGAGCUGGAGGUGGAGCCGGCGUCACCGCAAUGGAGGGUCAGGGGGACAGAAUCCCUGAGCGAUCUGUCCACUGAGGAGCUGCGAGAGAGGCUACAGGAAGUGACCGAGGAGGCAGAGCUACUGCGCUGUGAGUUGGAGGUCAUCAGUCGUCACCUGGAGGGAAAACACGAAGCACUGAAGAUCCUACAGGGUCAGAGUAUUCUAGACAGGGCAACCUCUCACACUAAGAUUCUCCUCCAGAAGAGUGAGGAGAGGAACACGGCUCUGGAAAAGGAAGUGAACAGCCUGCAGUGGGAGAUCACGUAUAACCAGAUGCACUUCAAGAACUUUGAGCAGUCCUGGGAGCAGAAAUACGUCAGGGUUUGCAGUGAGAAUAAGGCCCUGAGUGACAGCCUGGGAGACAGGGUGAGAGAGGUACAGGAGCUGAGGACAGAGAACACAGCUGUGAGUCAACAGUGUCUGGAACUCCUAGCCAUGCUGAAUGUCCGGGAACAGAGAGCCUUCCAGGGGACCAAGCCUUCAUGCACCCAGGGGAGAGAGGAGGACCAGGGGACUGUUCUGGAGCUGGCUGUGUUGGGUGCGUGCCAGUGUCCAAAUGUAAGGGAGGCCUGCCCCUGUGCCAGGAGUGCUGCUGCCAGCCGAAAACAGGUUCUCCAGCUCAGACAAGAGCUGGAGGGCCAUGGCAGGAGGAUGGAGGAGGCGUUGCUGAUGGCGGACGCAUUUCGGAUCGCCUUCGAACAGCAGCUCAGGAGGCGCAGCGAUCACUUCCUGAUUCUGGCCGAGACAGACAGGAACAAAUCCCGCCCACUAAGGCCAGAAGGCAAGGAUAAGACAGCAUCUCUCAGUGUGGCUCAGAGACUAAGAGGACUGCUGCCGUCCAGCACAGAGAUCACAGACGACCCCACAGAGACUCUGCACAAACUCCUCGACCUGCUGAGUGAUAAGGAAGAAGCUCUUGCUCACCAGAGGAAGGUUAGCUUCAUGCUAGCCCGCAACACAGAGGAACUAGAGAGACGGUUGAAGACAGACAAUAUGCUGCAGACACAGGUCACAUCACCACCACACCGUUCUUCAGAGACAGACACAUGCAAGUCCAACAAUGCAGGCACAAGCGUCUGCAGUUCCAACCAUGUCCAGGAGAGAGCAGGAGUGGACCAGUGUCAUGGUGGGGCGUCAUCAGAAUCAGACACCACAGACCUCCAGCCCUCCGAGAUCCAAGAGGCUGAGACGGAAGCCACCGACCUCCAGAUACAGGGCCUUUCUCUGGGGCAGUCACCCAUGGAGAGAGGGGGAAGAGAGGACCAUCUGGUCACCCUACUAUGAGUUGUUUGUCAUCACAGAGUGAUCCUACCAGGCCUUCUCACUGCGGUGCCGUGCUUGAAGUGGAAUGAAACGUGUGCCAGCACUCAUUUUGGGUGCCGAUACUCAUGAUAUUUAAGUGAAAGGUAUUCAUUAUAUAUUAGAGGUAAUGUUCUGUAAGAGGUGCCGAUACUCAUGAUAUUUAAGUGAAAGGUAUUCAUUAUAUAUUAGAGGUAAUGUUCUGUAAGAGGUGCCGAUAUUCAUGAUAUUUAAGUGAAAGGUAUUCAUUAUAUAUUAGAGGUAAUGUUCUGUAAGAGGUGCCGAUACUCAUGAUAUUUAAGU